GGGAGGGAGGCCGGGCGCGGAGCAGCGCCGCCGCCGCCGCCGCCGCGGGAGCCCAGCAGCCGGAGCAGCGGAGCGGCGUCCUCGCCAGCCGGGAGCGGGAGGCGGCGGGGCAGGGGCCGGCGGUCCUCAGCCGAGAGGGCGAGCCCCGGGGAGGGAGCCCCCGCGAGCCGGGGGGCGCGAGCGCGGCGGACCUCCCCGCAGCCCGAGCCAGCGCGGCUCCCGGAGGAAAUGGGACCGUGAGCGGACCUGGCGAGCCAAGGGAAGGAAGCGCCGAGAUUGCUGAUGUCAGAGGCGCCCGGAAAGUCGCGCUGGGAAAACCUGAGGACCGCCUGGGCUCCGCCGCUUCCCCAGGACCGGCACCGCCACCCCUCGCCACCCCCCACGCCCCCUCGGCGCCGCCCGGGUCCCCCGCGAGCCGGCGGCCAGCGCCCGGGGACGGAGGGGCGCGCGCCCCGGAGACCGAGGGGCCGCUCCGAGAAGACAGAGAAGUGGCCGGGGGUCUUCGUGAAUGUGGACUCCAUGUGGACGUGGCUCUCCCGGUGACUGCGAGCUGCGGGCCUCGGCGGCGCGGGCGGACGGACCGGAGACGCCAGGACAGACGGACGCCGCGGAGCCGGAACCAUGUGAGGGCCAGCUCAGGAAGGCGGCGUGGAUGAGCGCUCAGAGGAUCCGCCUCCUGGUCCUUGCCCCGCUCAGCAUGGAACAGAGGAGGCCCUGGCCACGGGUGGAGGUCGACAGCCGGUCUGUGGUCUUGCUCUCCGUGGUCUGGGUGCUGCUGGCCCCCCCGGCAGCCGGCAUGCCUCAGUUCAGCACCUUCCACUCUGAGAACCGAGACUGGACCUUCAACCACUUGACUGUCCACCGAGGGACGGGGGCAGUGUACGUCGGGGCCAUCAACCGGGUCUACAAGCUGACGGGCAACCUGACCAUCCAGGUGGCUCACAUGACUGGGCCGCGGGAGGACAACAAGUCUUGUUACCCGCCCCUCACCGUGCAGCCCUGCAGCGAGGCGCUCACCCUCACCAACAACGUCAACAAGCUGCUCAUCAUUGACUACCCCGAGAACCGCCUGCUGGCCUGUGGCAGCCUCUACCAGGGGGUCUGCAAGCUGCUGCGGCUGGACGACCUCUUUAUCCUGGCGGAGCCAUUCCACAAGAAGGAGCACUACCUGUCCAGCGUCAACAAGACGGGGACGAUGUACGGGGUGAUCGUGCGCUCCGAGGGGCAGGACGGCAAGCUCUUCAUCGGCACGGCCGUGGACGGAAAGCAGGAUUACUUCCCCACCCUGUCCAGCAGGAAGCUGCCUCGCGACCCCGAGUCCUCCGCCAUGCUGGACUACGAGCUGCACAGUGACUUCGUGUCCUCCCUCAUCAAGAUCCCCUCCGACACCUUGGCCCUGGUCUCCCACUUCGACAUCUUCUACAUCUACGGCUUCGCCAGCGGGGGCUUCGUCUACUUCCUCACGGUGCAGCCCGAGACCCCCGAGGGGGUGGCCAUCAACUCGGCCGGAGACCUCUUCUACACCUCGCGCAUCGUGAGGCUCUGCAAGAAUGACCCCAAGUUCCAUUCCUACGUGUCCCUGCCUUUCGGCUGCACGCGGGCUGGGGUGGAAUACCGCCUCCUGCAGGCGGCUUACCUCGCCAAGCCCGGGGCCUCCCUGGCCCAGGCCUUCAACAUCAGCAGCCAGGAUGACGUGCUCUUCGCCAUCUUCUCCAAAGGGCAGAAGCAGUACCACCACCCGCCCGAUGACUCCGCCCUCUGUGCCUUCCCCAUCCCUGCCAUCAACUUGCAGAUCAAGGAGCGCCUGCAGUCCUGCUACCAGGGUGAGGGCCACCUGGAGCUCAACUGGCUGCUGGGGAAGGAAGUCCAGUGCACCAAGGCGCCGGUCCCCAUCGACGACAACUUCUGUGGAUUAGACAUCAACCAGCCGCUAGGAGGUUCCACGCCGGUGGAGGGCCUGACCCUGUACACCACCAGCCGGGACCGCAUGACAUCAGUGGCCUCAUAUGUUUACAACGGCUACAGCGUGGUGUUCGUGGGGACUAAGAGUGGCAAGCUGAAGAAGAUUCGAGCUGAUGGUCCCCCCCAUGGCGGGGUUCAGUAUGAGAUGGUGUCUGUGCUCAAAGACGGGAGCCCCAUCCUCCGGGACAUGGCCUUCUCCACCGAUCAGCGCUACCUGUACGUCAUGUCAGAGAGACAGAUCACCAGGGUCCCCGUGGAAUCCUGUGAGCAGUACACGACUUGUGGGGAGUGCCUGAGCUCGGGGGACCCUCACUGUGGCUGGUGUGCCCUGCACAACAUGUGCUCCCGCAGGGACAAGUGCCAACGGGCCUGGGAACCCAAUCGAUUUGCUGCCAGCAUCAGCCAGUGCAUGAGCCUCGAGGUGCGUCCCAGCAGCAUCUCAGUGUCUGAGCACAGCCGGCAGCUCAGCCUGGUUGUGAAUGAUGCUCCAGAUCUGUCUGCGGGCAUCAAAUGUGCCUUCGGAAACCUGACAGAAGUGGAGGGACAGGUGUCCGGGACCAAAGUCAUCUGCAUCUCACCUGGGCCUAAGGAUGUUCCUGUCAUCCCAUUGGAUCAAGACUGGUUUGGGCUAGAACUGCAGCUGAGAUCCAAGGAGACAGGGAAGAUAUUUGUCAGCACCGAGUUCAAGUUCUACAACUGUAGCGCCCACCAACUGUGCCUGUCUUGUGUCAACAGCGCCUUCCGCUGCCAUUGGUGCAAGUACCGCAACCUCUGCACUCACGACCCCACCACCUGCUCCUUCCAGGAGGGCCGGAUCAAUAUUUCAGAGGACUGUCCCCAGCUGGUGCCCACGGAGGAGAUCUUGAUACCCGUCGGGGAAGUAAAGCCCAUCACCCUUAAGGCUCGAAACCUGCCCCAGCCUCAGUCUGGCCAGCGAGGCUAUGAGUGUGUCCUCAGCAUCCAGGGGGCCGUCCACCGGGUCCCCGCCCUGCGCUUCAACAGCUCCAGUGUCCAGUGCCAGAACAGCUCGUACCAGUACGAUGGGAUGGACAUCAGCAACCUGGCCGUGGACUUUGCCGUGGUGUGGAAUGGCAAUUUCAUCAUCGACAACCCUCAGGACCUGAAAGUCCACCUCUACAAGUGCGCGGCCCAGCGGGAGAGCUGCGGCCUGUGCCUCAAGGCCGACCGGAAGUUUGAGUGCGGCUGGUGCAGCGGCGAGCGCAGGUGCACCCUCCACCAGCACUGUGCCAGCCCCUCCAGUCCCUGGCUCGACUGGUCCAGCCACAACGUUAAGUGCUCCAACCCGCAGAUCACCGAGAUUUUGACAGUGUCUGGACCACCCGAAGGAGGGACUCGAGUGACCAUCCACGGCGUGAACCUGGGUCUGGACUUCUCCGAGAUCGCCCAUCACGUGCAGGUGGCUGGGGUGCCCUGCACACCCCUGCCCGGGGAGUACAUCAUCGCUGAGCAGAUCGUCUGUGAGAUGGGCCAUGCCCUCGUGGGGACCACGUCUGGGCCGGUGCGCCUGUGCAUUGGCGAGUGCAAACCAGAGUUCAUGACCAAGUCCCAUCAACAGUACACCUUUGUGAACCCUUCUGUGCUGUCCCUCAACCCCAUCCGGGGCCCAGAGUCCGGAGGCACCAUGGUAACCAUCACGGGCCGUUAUCUUGGAGCUGGGAGCAGCGUGGCUGUGUACCUGGGCAACCAGACCUGCGAGUUCUAUGGGCGGUCAAUGAAUGAGAUCGUGUGUGUCUCACCCCCAUCGUCCAAUGGCCAGAGCUGUGUUCCUGUCUUCGUGAGUGUCGACCGAGCCCGUGUGAACAACAGCCUGAAGUUUGAGUACAUAGGGGACCCCCAGGUGCAGAGCAUCGAGCCGGAGUGGAGCAUCGCCAGUGGCCACACACCCCUGACCAUCACAGGCUCCAACCUGGAUGUCAUUCAGGAGCCAAGGAUCCGAGUCAAGUUUAAUGGCAAAGAAUCUGUCAAUGUGUGUAAAGUUGUGAACAACACCACCCUCACCUGCCUGGCACCCUCUCUGACCACGGACUACCGGCCCGGCCUGGACACUGUGGAACGGCCAGACGAGUUUGGCUUUGUCUUUAACAAUGUUCAGUCCUUGCUCGUUUACAAUGACACCAAGUUCAUCUACUACCCCAACCCAACCUUUGAACUACUCAGCCCCACUGGAGUCUUGAAUCAGAAACCAGGAUCCCCCAUCAUUCUGAAGGGCAAAAACCUCUGCCCUCCUGCCUCUGGAGGCGCCAAACUCAAUUACACGGUGCUGAUUGGAGAGACCCCGUGUGCCGUCACUGUGUCCGAGACACAGCUCCUCUGCGAGCCCCCCAACCUCACGGGGCAGCACAAGGUCAUGGUCCACGUGGGCGGGAUGGUGUUCUCUCCGGGCUCCGUGAGUGUCGUCUCAGACAGCUUGCUGACCCUGCCAGCCAUCGUCAGCAUCGCGGCAGGAGGCAGCCUCCUCCUCAUCAUCGUCAUCAUCGUCCUCAUCGCCUACAAGCGGAAGUCUCGAGAAAACGACCUCACGCUGAAGAGGCUCCAGAUGCAGAUGGACAACCUGGAGUCCCGUGUGGCCCUGGAGUGUAAGGAAGCUUUUGCUGAACUCCAGACAGACAUCAUUGAGCUGACCAGCGACCUGGACCGCUCAGGAAUCCCCUACCUGGACUAUCGUACCUAUGCCAUGCGCGUCCUAUUCCCCGGCAUCGAGGACCAUCCUGUCCUGCGGGAGCUGGAGGUGCAGGGCAACGGGCAGCAGCAUGUGGAGAAGGCGCUGAAGCUCUUCGCCCAGCUCAUCAACAACAAGGUCUUCCUGCUGACCUUCAUCCGCACCCUGGAGCUGCAGCGCAGCUUCUCCAUGCGCGACCGCGGCAACGUGGCCUCGCUCAUCAUGACCGGCCUGCAGGGCCGCCUGGAGUAUGCCACCGACGUGCUCAAGCAGCUGCUCUCCGACCUCAUCGACAAGAACCUGGAGAACAAGAACCACCCCAAGCUGCUGCUCCGGAGGACAGAGUCAGUGGCUGAGAAGAUGCUGACCAACUGGUUUGCCUUCCUCCUGCACAAGUUCCUGAAGGAGUGCGCAGCUGAGCCACUCUUCAUGCUCUACUGCGCCAUCAAGCAGCAGAUGGAGAAGGGCCCCAUCGACGCCAUCACGGGCGAGGCCCGCUACUCCCUGAGCGAGGACAAGCUCAUCCGCCAGCAGAUCGAGUACAAGACCCUGAUCCUGAACUGUGUCAACCCCGACAACGAGAACAGUCCAGAGAUCCCAGUGAAGGUGUUGAACUGUGACACCAUCACGCAGGUCAAGGAGAAGAUCCUCGACGCCAUCUACAAGAACGUGCCCUACUCCCAGCGGCCAAGGGCCGUGGACAUGGACUUGGAGUGGCGUCAAGGCCGGAUCGCCAGGGUCGUGCUGCAAGACGAGGACAUUACCACCAAGAUCGAGGGCGACUGGAAGCGGCUCAACACCCUGAUGCAUUACCAGGUGUCCGACAGAUCGGUGGUGGCUCUGGUCCCCAAACAGACCUCCUCCUACAACAUCCCCGCCUCUGCCAGCAUCUCCCGGACAUCCAUCAGCAGAUAUGACUCCUCCUUCAGGUACACAGGCAGCCCCGACAGUCUGCGGUCCCGGGCCCCCAUGAUCACCCCAGACCUGGAGAGCGGGGUCAAGGUGUGGCACCUGGUGAAGAACCACGACCACGGAGACCAGAAGGAGGGUGACCGGGGCAGCAAGAUGGUGUCGGAGAUCUACCUGACCCGGCUGCUGGCCACCAAGGGCACCCUGCAGAAGUUCGUGGAUGACCUGUUCGAGACCCUGUUCAGCACUGUGCACCGGGGCAGCGCCCUCCCCCUGGCCAUCAAGUACAUGUUUGACUUCCUGGAUGAGCAGGCGGACAGACACAGCAUCCACGACACAGAUGUGCGGCACACCUGGAAAAGCAACUGCCUCCCUCUGCGCUUCUGGGUGAACGUGAUCAAGAACCCCCAGUUCGUGUUUGACAUCCACAAAGGCAGCAUCACGGACGCCUGCCUCUCCGUGGUGGCCCAGACCUUCAUGGACUCUUGCUCCACGUCUGAGCACCGGCUGGGCAAGGACUCCCCGUCCAACAAGCUGCUGUAUGCCAAGGACAUCCCCAGCUACAAGAGCUGGGUGGAGAGAUACUAUGCAGACAUCGCCAAGCUGCCCGCCAUCAGCGACCAGGACAUGAACGCCUACCUCGCCGAGCAGUCCCGCCUGCACGCUGUGGAGUUCCACAUGCUGAGUGCCCUCAAUGAGAUCUACUCCUACGUCAGCAAGUACAGCGAAGAGCUCAUCGGGGCGCUGGAGCAGGACGAGCAGGCCCGGCGCCAGCGGCUGGCCUACAAGGUGGAACAGCUCAUCAAUGCUAUGUCCAUGGAGAGCUGAGAGACGGAGCCUCCCGUUCCUGGGCAGAGGGACCCGUGAACGCUGUGACGCUGGGCGUCUCGGAAGGAAGGACAAGUGAAGGGGAUCGGACCCCAGAGCUUGCUGUCCCCCGAGACCCCAUCCCGGGGAGAGGGGAGCCACGCCAGCCAAGUCUCCUCGCAGGCCAGGCGGAUCCUGCAGGGAGAGACCAUGGGCGUCGUCCACCCCAGGGCGCACAGGAGAGGAGCCAGGCCGCGGAGGAGGCGGCUCUUCAAGCCGAGAGGCGCCAGCUGGACACAGUUCCGCCUCUGUGACUGCUGCUUUGCAUGAAAACUCAUUUGAUGUAUAUUGGGGAAAUAAUGAGAACUUUAUUUAAUUUUUUUUAAGAAAAAGGAAAACCAGAAAUAAAACAAAACAGAAAGCUUCCCUGUUAAUCCCGUCCAACUUUUGUUGAAUUCUGGGUUCUAUCCCCCCUUUCUUCUCUUGUCCCCUGCCCUCCUUCCUUAGCUAACUCCUGUCUCCAAAUGCCAGGAAAAAAAAAACAAAAAAAACACACCUACAGAGAUGCUGAGAGAAAUCGGAGGGGAAAUUGUUUCUUUUCCCUUGGCAUUAAAAAAAAAAAAAAAGGAGGAGAAGAAGAAUGAGCACAAGUCUGCACCAAACACUUUGCAAAACUAGAGGCCAGUAAAACCUGGAAUUAUCCCGGCAGCCAGAGAGCGUGGGAACUACAGAACUUUGCGCCAAUUGCAAAGCCGUGGAGCAGCUCAGCCUGGCGGAUGGGGAAUUGAGCUUUACAGACCACACACCUGUAUAUUCUCAUCUCUCGAGAGAUGUGUCUCUAGAGUACCAAUGCUUUUUGCUAUGCUUUUUUAUUUGUUUGUUUUGUGUGUGUGUCUCUGUGUGUGUGUGUGUGUGUGUGUGUGUUUUAUUUAAUCCCAAACCUCAACAAAUGAGGAGCUGAUCUUUGGUACCUUUCCCUUUGGUUUCCCCAAAGUUCCUAGCGGAAGUGGGGGAGAGGUGGGCCUCUCUCAGACCAGACGACUGGCCUCCCUGAGGACAUGCGCAGCUCCGCCUUCACAUCAGUCACUGUCCUGAACCAGGCACCCUGGGGAGAGGGCCUGGAGGCCCGGGGCCAGGCCUCCAGGAGGUUCCUUUCGGGGGCAUGAGUGUUUGGCUUUGGAUUCCGUUCCAGUCUGCUGGUGGUUUUCACCGUUAGAGAGAAAACGAGAGUCAAGCAUCCAUCCAUGUUUACAGCAAGCAGUACCUGCAGAGGGCAGCGCUACAGAAGCCGCGGGCUUUCCUGUCCUGCUUUGUUUCUUUCAUUCUCUUGUGCCUGGCGAGGGCAGACAACCCUUCGCUCACAUGUGGACGCUCCUGAUGGCGCACUUCCUGGGGAGAAAAGACUGUCGAUCCCCGCAUGACUUCUGCCUCUCUUGUCCUUACGAGUUGGAAGGACACGUGGGCGGUUUCUCGCUGGGCUCCUUUCCUGCUCUCUCCUGCUGGCACCUAAAACCAUGAUGACCAGCUCUCCCGAGUGCAGUUUCCAAGCAGAGAGACCCACGCGCCAAGCCCUGGUCCAGAGGACUCUGGGGAGCCAGUGGGAGUCACCAAGAGGAAGGCCCUCUGUUGGUGACAAGACCUCCGUGACCGGGACAGCCAUCCGGGUUUCCGGGCCUCCCACGUUGGCAAGGAUCCAAGCAGACGGCUCCGACUUCUCUACAAGCAGCACCGAAGUGUGGGGGAAGGAGGACAAGAGAGAGGCAAAGGGAUGGGAAGUGGGGGAGGCAGGAGCGGACCAACCUCCCCUUCCCACCUCCUUGUCAAGGGGCUGCAAUGCUGGGAAACGGGACCAGCCAUCCCCAGGGAGACAAGACCAGAGUCAUUUCCUCUGUAAUUAACUCUGGGCCCCAGCUUCUCUGUGCCCUGAUUUACCUCCAAACAAUUCCAAUUUUCAGAGGCUCUGCUGACCACAUUGGAUUCCCAGGAAAGGGCUGGGGGAGGGAGGCCGGAGGGCUGGCUUCCAUCGCUGGCGUGUGGCUUUGGAUUGCUGGGCUGACCACACAGCAGACAUCGCCUGCUCCCAGCUCCAGUUUCUUGCCUGAAUGCAGCUGACAAAUGGGAAGAGAAAAGCAUUCAGCGAAAUACUCAGGAAACUUGCUUGUUUUCAUUCUAAUUCCCGACCAGCCAUGCCAAGGCCACUUUCUUCUGAUAAUCCUCUUCUGUUAAAGUUUCUCUGGGCUCUAUUAACAGCCUGAAAGAAAUACUAAUGACUGGCCUUCCGCACUAAGCCAAAGUGUUUACUCUUCACAGCACCCAAAGCUUAUCAGCUCCGAGCCCAUGAUUUAUGGAGAUGAGAAGAGAGGAGAUAUGGGCAAGAGGAAUGUGAGAAGGAACUCUGUGCUACCCACACACACACACAAAAUUCUGGCUCGCCUCAUUUUACUUCUGAGUUCUGCAUGCAGGCUUUCUGAUCACACCACUGCUCUAACUGGCACCCAGGACUUGGCUCCACCAAGAAGCAAAAGCAAGUUAGACAUCUCCAUUGCAUCUUAACCAUCCCUUACCUCUGGGCAUCCACCUGAGCACCUCCCAGCAGCUACUUCUGGUGGCCGCUCACUGCCCCUGGGGGUGCUUCCUUGAAGGUUUUUGGAGAAGGUAGAGGAUGAUGGGGGGUGGGGGGGAGACUGAAAAAAGCAGGCGCACAGACGCAGAGAGAAGAGCCAAAGCUGGCAAGAGACUUGGCCUCGUUUCUGAGUUGGGGAAGUUGGGUUGGCAAGGGAAGUGGCAUCCCUGAGAAAGAAAUUAAGGAAAAGGAAACGUCGGUUGGACUCAAGCCAGGCUAGGAGGGCAAGUGGUUGUAGAGCCUUGCCCCCUCUCUGGCUGCUCACCUAGUCCUCCUCCACCAGCUCUUGACCUUGGAUCACCAAGAACCAGUGGAGUCCACCCUGUGGAACAGGGAGGAGAGGCAGUCAGUUGGCCUCCCUCAUCACUGUUAUCCAAUUCGAAGACGGUUUGACCUUGAGUGAAGAAUAAGUAUGAAAGGCACGGCCUCUCCCCUACAUGAAGCCAUCCACCUUGGUGGGAGGCCAGGAAGGAGGUGUCUCUGGAAAGGCAGUCGGCUUGUGUUUUAUUGAUCUGCACAGAAGACGAUCCCCUGGAAAAGAAACAGGACCCCAGAAAGGUGUUGGGCAACACGGAGAUGGACAAGAUGUCAUCAUGGUGGAGCCAGUCACUCCAGCGGCCUGCUGCUUCCCACCCUCAGCCUGGUGUCGACUGCUGCUGUGCCAUCCCCUCUCCCCCUCCCCACAGCGCACCCCUCAGGACCAUUUCCCAUCCACCACUGGCUAAGAGCACCCCUCUUUGCAGAGCUCGGUCAUUGAACUCGUGGAUCAGCUGUCAACGGUCACUACAGGGAGGGACCUGUGUUUUUUUUUCAUUCAUUCAUUCAUUCAUUCAAUCAGGGAACCUUCAGACCUGUAACUAUUCUCUAGGCACCGCUCUAUGUGCUGAGAAAAGGCAACGAACAAGACCCAGAAGGACCUUCUAGCAAGUUUACAUUCUCCAGGCUACUGGUUCUUGCCACCAACUUAGCAGGCGCAGUUCUGCUUCCUCGCCUGCAGGGGGCAGGAGUCUUCUAAGCAAGGAGGCCGGAGGAGAGAAGAAAGCCCACCUACCCAGCUGCCUUACCUUAUUCUGGGAACAUCACUUGGGCAAUAGAGCCUCCCUCGUUUCCAUUACCACUGUCUCUUGUGGCGACAGUUCCCCUGCUCCUCGAGUCCCUGGACUUUCUUCAUUUCCACCAAAUGAGGACAAGAAAUGGCCCCGCUGCGCAUGCAGAAGUAAGGAUGGGUGUGACAGACUGCAAAUGGCCCGAGCAGAACACCUAGAGAAUGCCUGAAAGCCUCGUCCGCUAAAUCUCCAGGCGCUUCCCUAUUGCCACACCUGCCCCCGUGAACCUGCAGCCGGUAAACACUGAGCCAGCUUCUCUGGGGGAGGCCUGGCUGCAGACAGGAGACCCAGGGGCUCCAACGGUGAGAAAACGCCAGCAGCCGCACAGACACAGGGUCCAUGUAGGAGUGGAUCCCACAGCGAGACUCGGGGAUGGAGUUCAGGGCCUUGGGGAGCCCCAGGAGCAAGCUCUGAGAAACUGGCAGCAUCCUCCCCCUCUCUCCAACCUCCCUCCUCUCUUCCCUUCUCCCGGUUUCCCCCAGGAGUGAAGUUUUAGCUACUGGGCUCAGCGAUGCCACCUAGGAAAGACCAAGUUUCAGUCUGGGACUCAGGAAAGACCUGGGAGAGAUCAGCCCACUGCUGGUCACACAGCACAGCAGCCCAGCAAGGCAACCUGAGACUCUGGCUUCCCCGGACCCCCUCAUCCGGCCUCCUCACCUGAAAGAAGCUCCGCCUUCAGACCGCCCCCCCCCCUUUCCGCAGCUCACCCUGCCCCCGUCCCAGCCUCAAGGAAGAUGGGCGGUCCUCUGGGCUUCGGUCCAGGCCCUGACUUGUUACCCUCCUUCCUGGCAUUGCAGGUGGAGAGCAAAAUGGAAACUAGUGCCCUCCAUCCAGAGCAGAUGUCCUCAGGUGUGUCUGGGAGGAAGGGACCAGCUCCUUGUACCACGACACUAGGGGCCUGAGCCUCUGCCCACAACCUCUCCUCCCCAAGCCCACUCUUCCUGACACACUGGAAUUUGUGUGAUAGCUAUAUUUUUAAGAAAAUGCAGCGAUCGUUGUCUGGUUUUCUUGUUUUUACAGGUGUUGCGAAAUUAAAAAAAUAAAACUGGAAGAAAAUGAAGUAUUUAAGAUGUUCCAAUAAAAUAGGUUUUUUUGUUAUUCUAAUAUAUUAUUGUGUACCUAUUGUAAAUAUGAAACACUCCUAUUUUGCAAGCCAAGGACGCGAUUUGUACUGUUGUUAUAUAUAAAUAAAAUUUACUGGAUUAAAAAAUA